UGUACGUACUAUUGAAAUAUUUAUCCAGGAUAAGUGAUCACGAAAACCAGAAUAAAAUAGGAGUUAUUACAUAUCGAAAAUAAACUUAUUUUCUUCUAUUUAUAUCUUCUUCUCUAUUAUUUAGAAUCUUAUUCAUCCAAUCCUUGUCUCUUCAUUGGUUUGGCCGGGAAAAUAAAUGGAUAAUAAUCUUACUUUCUCUCCAUCUUUGUCUUCUUCUAUGCUCUCUAUUACGCAAAAAACUCAAGCCAUAGUGUCCUCGUCUUCGACGGAUCUACUUCAGCAAAAACUCCGGUUUCUCGUGGAAACAUCGCCGGACCAAUGGGCUUACAUAAUUUUUUGGCAAAAGAUGAUUGAUGAUCAAUCGGACCAGUCUUACUUGGUUUGGGUUGACGGCCAUUUCUGUGGAAACAAGAACAACAAAUCCCAAGAAAAUCAUACAACUAAGAGCAUCGAGUGUGAGCUGAUGAUGGACGGUGGAGAUCUUGAAUUGUUCUAUGCCACAUCUUUUUACGGUGAAGAUGGGUCGCGGAGAAAGGAAAUUUCCGACGAAUCUUUGGUUUGGCUAACCGGUCUCGACGAGCUCCGGUUUAGUAGCUACGAGAGGGCUAAAGAAGCUAGUUUUCACGGGGUACACACAUUCGUCUCCGCACCCAUACACAAUGGCACUAUCGAGCUUGGUUCGUCUGAUUCCAUUAAACAAAACUGGAACUUCAUCAACCGGGUCACGUCAAUGUUCGGGUCAGGUCAAACCCUAGAGCUCACUAACCAAACCGGUUCUUAUCCUAAACCGGAAGAAUCAGAUGAUUCAGAAACUGGAAAUCAGCAAAUCACAUCGGAAAAAAUACGGAGGACGAAACUUGAGACGACGGACGUAGCUACGGCGAAAGAGAAUCAUCCUUCGCGGGGGUUUUCCCACGUGGAGGCGGAGAGGCAGCGGAGAGAGAAGCUAAACCACCGGUUUUACGCUCUACGUGCCGUCGUACCAAACGUAUCAGGAAUGGACAAAGCGUCGCUCUUAUCCGACGCCGUUUCGAACAUCCAAAAUCUUAAAACCAAAAUCAAUGAUCUCGAAACUGAGAUCAAGAGAUUAAAGACGAUAUUGACCGCGGAGACAGAUCCAUUAGACAACAACAGCAGCAACAGGUCUCCGUCUUUCGUAGACAAGGUCAACCAAAGACCUUCGGAAUCAAACUUGGAAGUGCAGGUGAAGGUCGUCGGAGACGAAGCCGUGGUUAGGGUUCAGACGGAGAAUGUGAACCAUCCUACGUGUGCACUGAUGAGUACGUUAAUGGAAAUGGAUUGUCGUGUACAACACGCGAACGCAUCGCGCUUGGGGCAGAUUAUGGUUCAAGAUGUUGUUGUUUUGGUUCCGGACAAAUUACGAUCGGAAGAUUGUAUAAGGACCACACUUGUCCGAAACCUAGCUAAGAUUACUAAGCUAAAUUUAGCCAUGUAUACGUAAUGAAAAUCGAUAAUGAUGCUUUGUUAUUAAUUGACUUAUUUUGUUGUUGUCGGUUUCAAACAAUAGCCAUUGAGUGUU